AUGUCAGAGUAUUACGAUGAAAUCCGUUGGCGAGAUGAGCAUUCAUGGGCGAAGAUGGUUUUUCCACCAGCUUUUCCACUGUAUAAUGAAUGCCUCGCAUGCGUGCAGUUGUGCUCAAGAGUGCCUCUCCAAGAUGAAAGUGGACACCCUGUCGCGAAUCUGUCUCGCAAGGCCCGGAUUGGGAUUAGCAUGAUGAAAGGUGUGGACGGGUCCUUCAACCAACUCAAGGAUCGGCUGACAGUCCUGCACUUGUGCACUAUCUUGGUGGGAUAUCACUUGGACUUGGCUAGCAUGGCAGAUAUCCACCACUUCCAUGAUGCGCAUGCAGGCAACAUUCUUAUAUCUCUUUCCAGCAAGUUGCCUGCGGUCCGCUGGCAUGACUUUGCAGGCAAUUUUGGAUCUGCGGCUCGGAGAGUUGUUGCACAGACCUUCACCGAUGGCUUUGCGAGACAGAUUGAGGACUUUUCAGGCACGGUGAUCAGCCAAAUCCGUGGAAUGCACCAAGGUUUUGCGUCGAGGCUAAACGAGACGCGCAAGACAUGUAGCAUGGUCGGAAGAGACAUGAUAUGGGUGCGUCAGUGCCUGCGACAGCGCGCCUUCGACUUGGCAUCCACAAUGCUGAGUCUGAGCGCUUUGCAAACACUGGAGAAGCAGCGGCUCUUGGAGAGCAUUGCACCUGCACUAUCCGACUCGGACGCGAGGGCAUCACCAGAUCACUUGAAGCUGGAGCGGUGUGGGGGCGAGCUGGGAGAGCCGAGAAAGGGGGAGCAGAGAGCUGUCCGAAAUUCGAGCACUGCCUCGGCGACAUCCACCGUCGUCUGGGCGCGGGAGCUGAUCUGCAAGGAUGGGACGGUCACCGCCAAGUCUCGUCAAGAGGGCGAGGGUGAGCUGGAGCGGGCGUUCAAGGUGCAGUCUCGUGAGGGUGCGCAGCUCAAUGAUGUGGACGACUUGGCGAUCGCCCUACGAGACGUUGAUCCUGAUCAAAUUGACGUAUAUCUCUACUCAAAAGAAGCUGGAGAGUGGCAACUCGUCAAAUCCUCAUCGACCUCACUUCGCCAGGACACCAGCGAGCAAGAUUGCUACGGCUUUUUGCCGCGACGGACUUGA